AGAGAAGGAAAACCCGACGGAGGAAGCAGGAAGUUCCUGUACGAAGAAAUCGAGCCCGAGCACGUAAACAGAGCACAAAGAGCAGCAAUAAACACAAAGACGGGGUUUUCACACGUUAACCGCAAUGGCAGGCAUUAAAGCACUGGUUGGUUUGUCCUUUAGUGGUGCUAUUGGACUGACGUUUCUCCUGCUUGGCUGUGCACUGGAACAGUAUGGGGUAUACUGGCCGAUGUUUGUCCUGAUUUUCUACGUAUUAAGUCCCAUCCCGACCUUCAUAUCCAGACGCCUCAGUGAUGACUCAGAAUCCAGCAAUGCAUGCAGAGAGCUGGCCUAUUUCUUAACAACUGGCAUCGUGGUAUCAUCAUUCGGACUCCCUGUUGUUCUGGCCCGUAAUAGCACAAUCGAGUGGGGUGCCUGUGGAUUGGUGAUGACGGGAAACGCUGUCAUCUUCCUCACCAUCUUUGGCUUUUUUGUCGUGUUUGGAGGUGGGGAUGACUGGAGCUGGGAGCAGUGGUAAAGUGUUUUUGGAAAGUAGACAGACAGAGAUGGGUGGGUGGGAAGGUGGAUAGUUGAAUGAACAGACUGCAGACUGAGGGGCACAUGUGUCCUGCGCUCAAUGGGGGAUGAAGCUGUAGUGUAGGCAGGAAAAUGUCAAAUGAAACCAGCGUGUUGUCAUGCUGACUUUUAUACUUGGGUGGGGAUUGGGUUUGGAGAUAACUAUGUACCCUGUAAUGUGCCUUAUGUCUGGGAUCAGGGAGAAACGGAUGUCUGUACCCCUCUUAUGCGCCAUCAAUAUCCACAUUAACCCAUUUUUUUUUCUUUGUCUUGCUUUUGUUUCAGUUGCUAAAUCUCCCUGCUCAUUGCAGCUAUCUGCUGUUUCAUUAUGCCUCAGUUAAUCAAUAUCCUAAAGGGAUCCUAAAGAGUAGCUCUAUUGUGAUGUAUACUCCAAAGCUUACCGCAUUAUCUGUCCUCAUUGUUUAAGGAAGGAGUUACAGCUUGCUUAUUAUGAGCACUAUUUGAUGUUUAGGACAGAGCGAGUUAUAUUAAUCCAUUGACAGCUAGUUACAGGACUCCUAAUCAGGUAAAGAUAUAUUUGCUUUUGUUUUGUUUUGUUGUUGUUUUUCUUUCUCAAGCAUUACUUUUUGUUCUGGUGCAAUUGUUUACAUUUUCACCAAAGAUCAUUUCUAGACUGCAAAAAUGGAGCUUAUUCACCACUGAUAUAUAUAAAUGUAAAAUUUGUGCUCACCAGUAACAAGACCUUUAAAAGUGAGCCAAGGCAGAUGAAAAACAGCUGUUUGUACGAUCAGUCCAGAAAAAGUAGUGCAUACAUUUUAUAUUCCUGUACAUGACAAAACAAUCCAUAAGCCUGACAGGAUAUCAUGGUGUUAUGGCAUCAUAAAUUCUAUUUUUUACAUGUUGCAUGGUAAAUAUUGUACGUUUGCUAUUUUUGCCAAGUGCACUUUGUCCUAACGGACGACUUCUCUUGCAUACUCAUUCACAGAUGCCUGCCUUAGACAAUGUACCUUUCAGAGAGUCUUGGUGUGAUUUAUGCUUCACCACCAGGGCCCAGUGAAGUCUGUGACUUUAAUUUAACAUUGCAUCCUCACAUGUAAUGUUGCCAGAGUCAGUAAAUGAUUAAUAAUGAGCUUCUGAAGUUUGAUCAACCUGUGUCACAAAAACUGUCGCAGAAAACGUUCUGAUAAAAUCUCUGAGUUCCUAAACAUCUGCUGCAUGAUUGCUUUUCAGGGGGGAAAUGUUGUAUUGUGUGUAUGUAACUGACAUGUUCAAUUCCAUCAACGGGAAACAAGUGUUUUCUCUGUUGUGACUCCUACCGAUACUUUAAAGACACUAAGAAGUGCUUAAGAGCUCUGUAAGGGUGUUUUUUAUAAGCUCCCAUUUGCACUUUUCUAACAUUGAUUAAAACUCUCUGUGUAG